CGGGGGUCCCGCAGCCGGGACAGCCGGGGAUUUGGGUCGCUUCUCCGCACACCAGGCAAGGGAACGUGUGUCCGGUUCUCCUUCUCCACUGAGGAGAUGACCAUGGCGGGGUUCUCUGCAGACUAUGAAGUAGAAAGUGAGCCUGAGCCCUGGUCCCACCACUGCCUGGCCCGUUUGUGGUUCUCAUCCGGCACCACGUGACCUCCUCUCCACGCGGGGUCCCUGAUGGCCCCGCCCCAAGGCCCAAGGGAGGCACCACUGUCUGCCAAACUACUUGGGAGACUGAGAUCUGAGGAUACCAGUCGAAGCCAGGAAAGGAACUGGUCAAUUACCUACCAAAAAACUGGAAGUGGAGCUGUGUCUCAAGUGCCAGGUAAAGGGAAGAAAGGAAAAGGCCGGGGCAAGUCUCGCGGGAAGAAGCAGAAGAAGCCGGAGGUGGACAUCCUCAGCCCGGCGGCCAUGCUGAACCUCUACUACAUUGCCCACAAUGUGGCCGACUGCCUGUACCUGCGGGGCUUUCCCUGGCCAGGUGCGGUCAAAGGGAAAAAGGGCAAAAACAAGACUUAAGCAAUGGAAGCUGAGAGUAUCUUAGAACAGAACAUCGGUGAGAGAAGUCAGGAGAACCCAAUGACUGCGCAAAAUACACUUUACCCGGAACACCAAGAAAUGCUUGAUCUGUGUACCUCUCUGUGGUAAAUAAUGGUAAAUGUGCUUCACUUCCUUGGCUAAGCUGCCUGUGGUUAGCCACUUUGGUUAUUCAGAACACUCGGGGUGGGGGGAGCCUGAGUGAUUCCUACAACAGUGUGGUAGAAUCAAUAGUGCUUUAGAAAAAUUACUAAAAUCAUAAUUCUGGACCAGAAUUAAACCUUGCUCUCAAAACGAAGUUCCAA